UGACUUUUUAUUUUUAUUUUUAGUCAUUACAAUUACUAAUUUGUAUUUUGUUGUUGUUUUUUAUAGAUCAUUUUCAAUUCAACUUAACACUUCAGUUUGAUAUUGAUAAGUACUAAAUGUUAGAAGCCGGUUGGAUUUAAAUCAAUGCAAUCAAGUUGAUUAAAAUGCUGCCAGGUAUAGGCGUGUUUGGAACUGGCUCUGUUGCUAAAGUUUUGGUACCAUUUUUAAGAGAAAAAGGAUUUCCUAUUGAAGCCAUUUGGGGUGUGACCAUUCAAGAAGCGGAAAACGCUGCUAAGGAAUUAAAUAUUCCAUUUUUCACAAACAAAAUUGAUGAUGUAUUGUUAAAGAAGAAUGUUAAUUUAGUUUUCAUUGUGUGUGCGCCUAAUUUACACGCUCAGAUAUCUGUGAAGGCGUUAGGUAUAGGAAAGCAUGUUGUCUGUGAUAAACCAGCGGGUCUCUGUCAAGCCGAGGCCUUAAAAAUGGUACGCGCUGCACAGUACUAUCCUACUUUAAUAUCAAUUAUAAAUCAUUCACUAAGAUUUUUACCAGCAUUUAGCCAAAUGAGAAAAUGUAUAUUGGAUGGCUACCUAGGCAAACCUAGUGAGUUAACAUUGAUAGAUGUAAGGGUACAAAUGGGUUCACUUCUUGGUGAUACUUAUAAUUGGUUAUGUGAUGAUACAAUGGGUGGGGGUACAUUAACAUUGGUAGGAAGUCAUGUUAUUGAUUUGGUAUCUUAUUUAAGUGGUCAAAAAGUUGUCAAAGUGCAUGGGGUGCUAAAAACUUUUGUCGAGGAGACUUCCAAAAUAAAUGGCAUAAGAAAAGUAACUGCACCUGACUUUUGUACCUUCCAAUUGCAAAUGGAUAAAGGACUUCUAGUCACAACAACAUUAAACAACCAUUUGCCAGGGGUAUGUUUUAAUCAAGAGAUUUAUGCCUACAGUAAAAAAGGUUACUUAGUGGUUAGGGGUGGUGAUUUGCAUGGCAAACUGCAUAAGCCAUGUGCAAAUAAUAUGGAAGAAAAAAGGAUACCUGAAAAAGAAGAAGUAAUUUACGUAGAUGUUGAAGACUUAAGUUGUGCCUCAGGUACAAGUGUUAUUCCUAAGCCGUAUAUAAAAGGAUUGUGUAAAAUGAUAAGCGCACUAAAGGAAGCAUUUUUACCUGUCAAAGAACAAAUGGAUUGGAUAAAGGAGCCAGUCAAAGCUGCUGCAACAUUUGAAGAUGGGCAAAGGGUUCAGGCGACUAUGGAAGCAUUACGUCAAUCUAAUGAAGAUGGCAGAUGGAUUACUGUUCAUUUACUGACAGAAACUCCAGAUCCUAAUCCUGCCCUUUCUGCGGCCAUAAGGAGGACCACCAUUUCAUUACAAUAGAAUUUAUAAUAGGACUCAAUUAUUUCUGAUACUUUACUAUUGACCAUUGCUUCUCUAUAUAAUUUUUUGAGGAUAUAGUUUUCUCAUUCAACUAUUACAUGGCCACAUAUAAUAAUCAUUCCAAAAUUGAUGCUCUGUUUAUGGGCACAAUCCACAAGAUUUAUUUUUGUACAUGAUUUUAAGUGAAAAACAAUACUUAAUUUUAAUGAGAAAUCAUGGGUCAGAAAUCAAUUAGGUAUUUGGAUGACUGUAAUGUAAUAUAAAAUAUUUUAUGAUUGUAAUGACUUGAUUUCCUAAAAAUUAUCAUAAACAAAUUCCGAACUUAACGCAACAGUGUACUAUUAAAGUACACUGUAAUUUAACACAAGCCUUAAUUACAAAUUAUAAAGCUAUCAAAGCAUACAAUGAGUUAAUCUAAGUGUAGCUUUGUUGUUUCGUUAAUAAGUACAUUGUAUUACAAUUUUUACUAGGUACAAUCUUUCAAUUCCUCAAAAGCUGCAUGUCAGAAGUUUACUUAGGUUCUUGGAUAACCAUACAUUAAGUCCAUUCAUCAUUGGGAAUACUAUAUUACAACCAGAUCAAUAAUUUAAAUAGCAACAUUGUCUAAUACAAUAAAUCUUUCAUUUUAUAUUAAAUUAGCUGAUGAGACAGACACAGUUCUGCCAAUGCAAAAUGAUAAGGAUUAAUAUUAUAUUUGUGCAAAUGGCUUUUAUGCUACCGCUUUAUAAUUGCAAAUUUUGAACAUAUUAAAAUAUAGUAUGUUUUCUUUAAAAGAUAUACAUAUUCUUAUACACUUUUCUGUAGAUCUCUAUAGGAUACACAAUUCCACCAUACAUUAUUUUGUUAUAUCUCAAAGAGUUUAGACAAUGUUUUCAUUUAAAGCUCCCAAAUGGCUUAUUUUGUCCGAUAUCUCCAACAUAUUUUGUUAAUGCUUAACAAAUUGAGGAUAGCUUGGUUCUUAAACCAAGCUAUCCAUUGGUGAAGUGUGAAAAUUAGACAAGUAGGACUGUUUUAUAAUAUGUAGUGAUGGAGAAUUGUAUGAUUGAAAAUUUAAAAAGACUUAAGAGUGAAUAUGUAUAUAUAAUACUGAUUUCUGAAGAAUUAAUUGGAUAAUGUGUACUUAUUUAGUCAUUCUAUUAUCUAAUUAAUAAGAAUUAAACUCAAUUUUAUUGAGAAUAAAACAAUUUAUGCCAGUAUUAAAAAUUAUUUGCCAUACUUUAUUACAAAUUGUAUAGUAAAUAUGACUUGCCUUUAGACAUAACAUUGGGCUUUUGAUAUGUACUGUGAUAACUGAUCUGUAAAUAUUAUAAUA